AUGGCGUCAGAGCCAAUCAAGGACGGCGCUUCGCCGGCCUCGUCGCAGUCAGACUCGGGGGACAAGAGCAACGGCAAGAAGAGAGCCACCGGCGACGAUUCCAACAGUCCGCACAAAGUGACCAAGCGAAGAGCCGCCCGGGCAUGCGCGUCGUGUCGGGCGCGAAAGGUGCGGUGCGACGUGGUUGAGGGAGCGCCGUGUGGGAAUUGCCGCUGGGACAACGUUGAGUGCAUUGUGCAGGAGAGCCGCCGGCGAAAAAAGAAUUCUGUCGCCGCCCCCAGCGCCGUGGGCCCAGCCAGCAGCGGCUCAGCCGAGGCACAACUCCGCGCCAAGGCCACCGCAGCCUCAGCGUCCAUGCAGCCCACCAGCGCCAUGGCCACGCCGCCGCUUUCCCUGACCAACCCCGACUUUGCACCCCGAGCCGGCAGCGUCACUGCCUUUCCGUCCCACAGCCCCGAUGGGGCGGCCCCCUUGCUGCCUAAGAACGGCCUCGACGGCCACGUACCGCACAUGCUCUAUCAACGGUCCGGAUACCGCCAAGCCAGCGUCGUCAGCCAGACCUCCUCAUGCUAUGGAAGCGGCCGCACCGCACAGUUUCUCAACUCGCUCGAACUCCCCGAUGCCGGAUCCCAGCUCCCCGCGUUUGUCAGGCCGCUGCCGGCCAAGAUCGCGCCCGAGGAUGUGCAGUAUCUCGCGCUCAAGGGCGCCCUUACGCUGCCCAGCCUCGCGCUCCAGAGUGCUCUCCUGCAGGGCUACAUCGAGUACGUCUAUCCGUACAUGCCGCUGAUUGACCUGCACCACUUCUUGAGCAUUGUCGACCGCCGGGAUGGCGUCAACGGCCAGACGAGCUUGCUGCUCUACCAGAGCAUCAUGUUUUCGGCCACGGCGUUUGUGGACAUGAAGUAUUUGAGAGACGCGGGUUUUUCGUCGAGGAAGGCGGCUAGAAAGGCCUUUUUCCAGAAGACACGGCUCCUGUAUGACUUUGACUACGAACAAGACCGCCUCGUUCUUGUCCAGUCUCUGAUGCAAAUGACAUACUGGUACGAGACGCCCGACGACCAAAAGGACACCUGGCACUGGAUGGGCGUGGCCAUCUCCCUCGCACACACCAUCGGCCUGCACCGCAACCCUGGGUCAACGUCCAUGUCGACGUCCAAGCAGCGUCUCUGGAAACGCAUAUGGUGGUCGUGCUUCAUGCGGGACCGCCUCAUUGCGCUGGGCAUGCGCCGCCCGACGCGGAUCAAGGACGAGGACUUCGACGUGCCCAUGCUCGUGGAGAGCGACUUCGACAUACAGGUUCUCGCCGAGGGCAUCAGCGUCGUCCCUCCAGAAUGCACACUCGUGCGAGACGUCGGGAUGCAGCGCGAGCUGGCCGCCAUGUGCAUCUCCAAGGCGAGGCUGUGUCUCUGCAUCAGCCACAUGCUCAAGACGCAGUACUCGGUGCUCAUCCGCGACAAGAUGAAGCCCGAAAACACGACAAACAGCACCAUGAUGCUGUUCCCCAACAAGCAAAUGGACAAUGUGGACAGCGUCAACGCGGUCGACCUCGAGCUCGGCGCAUGGGCUGCCUCGCUGCCAGACGUCUGCCAGUACCGGCCCCUGAGCGCCGUCGACGUCGAGGAGGGCCGGUCGACCGUCGCCGUGCACCGGACGCUGCUGCACAUGGUCUUCCACACCACCGUCUCGGCCCUCCACCGUCCGCAGUUCCUGCCGUCAUCGCCCACGCAGGCGCCGACCACGUCUCGCCAGGUCCAGGAGAUGUCCCGCCUGCGCGUCCGCGACGCCGCCGCCCAGAUCACGCGCAUGGCCACGGAGCUGCAGCGCCUCCGGCUGGAGAAGUUUCUGCCCACGACGGGCGUCACCGUCAUCCUGCCCGCCAUGAUCAUCCACCUGCUCGAGAUGAAGGCGCCGUCGUCGCAGGCCCGGGACCGCGCCACCCGCGGCUUCCGCCAGUGCAUGCGCGUCAUGGAGAAGCUGCGCGAGAUCUACGCCGCCGCCGACUACGCAACGGGCUUCCUCGACGCCGCCCUCCGCAAGGCCGCCAUCGACGUCCGCACCGCCGCCGCCGCCGCCGCCGCCAUCGCCACCACCGGCAACAGCAUGGCCGGCCACCACCAGCAGGCCCUCUCGGCCGCCAAGCCCGACCUGCCAGCCGAGUUCACCAGCGCCGCCGCCGCCGCCCAGACGACGCCUCCCCCGGACAACAACCUGCCCUACAUGGCGGCCCCGGAGGCGGUCCUCCUCACCGCCGCCGACUUGGACAAGGUCGGGCCCGCCGUCAUGCCCACGUGCAUGCCGCCGCCGCCGCCGGCCACGAUCAACGCCGCGGCCCUCGAGCUGUCGACCAACUCGCCGCCCCAGACCGACUUUGACUCGGCCCAGCCGACGCCCAGCGCGAGCGGCCAGUCGGAAGCGCAGCUCGUCGACCACGACACCAUGGACCUUGACUUUAUGCAGGGCCACGACGAGUUUGACUGGAACGCCGUGGCCGGCACCGAGUUUGACGUCGACCAGUGGCUGCAGUUCCCUGACGCGGGGGCCGGUUCCGUUUCCAGUUCCAGUUCCAGUUCCGUCUCGGCUGCCGCGUCUGCCCCUGCUUCGGCCCCGGCUUCGGCCUCUGGUUCCCGUCCCGACGGCGGCGCCGAGGACCUCCCCCCCGCCGCUGCCGGGCUGCUGUUUGACACAUGUAGCGCCAGCGCGGAAAGAUUGAUGGAGGAGACGCUGGACCUGGCGGCGCUGGACAACGACGGCGACGUGAGCAUGGGCUUGGGCCUGGGCCUGGGCCUGGGCCUGGGCGCUGCCGAGGUGGCGCGGCUGGAGGCUGGAGUUGUGUGA